UCAUGUUCGAGUCACGUCUGACUUCCACAAUCUACGACAGUCGCACACGACUGCACCUCCAAGGCCGGUACAUCCCACCCAUGCAAGAUGGGAGUCACCGGCCUAUGGCAGAUUCUGCACCCAUGCGCUCGCCCCAUCAAACUCGAGACGCUCAACCGCAAACGCCUGGCCGUCGACGCCAGCAUCUGGAUCUACCAGUUUCUCAAGGCCGUUCGUGACAAAGAAGGCAACGCCCUGCGCAACAGCCACGUCGUCGGCUUCUUUCGCCGGAUCUGCAAAUUGCUCUUCUUUGGUAUCAAGCCGGUGUUUGUCUUCGAUGGGGGUGCGCCGGUGUUGAAGAGGCAGACGGUCAGUGACAGGAAGAGUAGGCCCCAGCGAGCAGCGGAGCAAGAGGAGGAAGCGGUACCUGACGAUGCCUUGGUGUACGUGGACGAGAUUGGCAUGAGCCAAAAGGAACGACAGCAGAGUCGGAAGUUCAAGAAGAAGGAUGCAUACCAUUUGCCCGACCUUGACGUCAGCAUGGCCGAGAUGGGCGGGCCGAACGAUCCUCGCGUCAUGUCGUUGGAAGACUUGCAGGCUUAUGCGAGACAAUUCGAGACGGGCGAGGACAUCAACGUCUAUGACUUCUCCAAGAUCGACUACGACUCUGCCUUUUUCGUCUCCCUUCCCGCUUCCGAUCGGUAUAAUAUUCUCAACGCUGCGCGAUUGAGAAGCAGAUUACGGAUGGGUCACUCCAAGGAACAGCUGGACGACAUGUUUCCGGAUCGCAUGGCUUUUUCGAAGUUUCAGAUUGAACGAGUUACGGAGCGGAACGAAUUGACGCAGAGACUUAUGCACCUCAACGAGAGCGGAGAUGCUUUGUUCAACGGCGGCGGACGUGUUGCGGGAGAGAAGGGGAGGGAGUAUGUUUUGGUGAAGAAUGAUGGUGUAGAAGGCGGAUGGGCGCUGGGUGUGAUCAGCGACGAGGGCACGAAGCAAGAGACUGCCAUUGAUUUGGACAAGCCUGCGCCUGUCGUGAAGCAAGACGAGGAAUGGGAGGAUGAAGAUGAGUUCGAAGACGUGCCCAUCGAGGGAUUGAACAGGUUGCCGAAACGGCCGAGAGCAGAAUCACCAAACGAUGACCCGUUGCUUAAACAAAGGCGAGCCUUCUAUAAAUCAAGGCGAACGGGUGGAGCCAGAAAGUCGAAGCCGAGGACAGAGUCGAAUUCGCUCUUCGUUCCUGAGGAGCCAUCGGAAGAUGUCCAGGAGGAAUGGGAGGACGUCAGCGGCAACGCUGAGCUGUACGGAGAAAUGCUUAAUGAAGGAAAUGGGGAAGAGGCAGGCGAAGAUGACGAAGAUCUCCGCCGCGCAAUCGCCAUGUCUCUUGAGCAAAAUCGGCCAGCGCGUGGAGAAGAGGAGCCUUCACCUCCACCAAGCGCCGAGGACGACGAUAUGGUUGAAGUGUUCCAGCAGACGGCCGCUCCUGAAGCUCUACCCUUGCCAAAAGGCAGCGGCAGAGCAAUCGCGAAUAUGGUCAAUAAGCGCGCAUUCGACUCUGCGCCUGACAGCCGGGAAAUCACGUCUUUUGGCGUUCCAAGACUGCUCAGUGCCGAGAACACCGUUGACAUGGAUGACGACGAUGGAGACACUCUGGACCUGCAAGCCGCGUUGGCAGAGAGCCGAAGGACCAAACGCAAAGCUAGCUCGCCGAAACGACAACCAAUGCCCGCUCCUCCAGCGAAACCCUCGGCGACGAGCAUUGCAAAGCAGGCUGGAUUCUCGGGGCCGCUACCCUUCGAAAAACUCGAUUUGGGAUCAUCCUUGCUAGGCAAGAAGAAGAUGCAAGAGCGAACCGAGGAGGCUGCGGGCGGCUUCAUCAAUCCCGACCUCGCGGAAAAGGAGCAGAAGAAGAGUGCUGAGCCUUUGCCUCCUUGGUUUUCUGCGGAUGUAGAGGAAGGCCUUCAGAAGCAGAAACUGCUGGAGAAGGAAGACCUGGAAAAGGCGAGGCGCCUGAGGGAGCAGUUUCGGUUCGAUGAUCGAGGAGAUGGCGGCUCGAUCAGGAAGACUGCUGAAGUUAUUGAUCUCGAUGCCGAGGAGAAUAAUACCUCGUUUCAGAAGAGAGAGGUUAUCGACCUUGAGGCUGACGACAGUGAGCAAGACGGUGGUCAGCUAUUCGAUCCAACUAUACGGAUGGGCGACAUGGCGGACAAAGUGCGGGUUGAACCACCGUCAAUGGAGAAUGGAGAUCGGCCGGAUGCACGCGUUGCGGGAAGCCCAGGAACGCAUGUUGAACAGCCGGAGAAUGGAAUAGCAGCAGCGAGCCCCACUGCUGAAAUCUCGCCGCCCGCCCUGCCGCUAGACACACGUAUGGAAGACGGUAAUAAUGAAGACGUGGAACAGCCGCUUGAUUGGAGCGAGAGCGAAGACGAGCGAGAUGGCGAACGACACAAGGGUCAAGAUGAUCGGCAGAAGAAAGCCAGUCUCCAAGAGGAUCAACAAGCAUCACGAUCACCAUCUGCAGAUUUCGAGGACGUGGCGAUCCCAGACAACGCGAAGUCACCUCGCCCGGCAUCCGUCAGCGACGAGGAGGAACAUGAGUCUACCAGCGGGCCCGUACCGGCUUCAGGCCUCGUCCACCAAGAGUCACUACCCGAAGGCGUAGAGCUGGUGGAGUUUGACGACUUCUCCGACCCCGAAGACGAAGAGCUCCUUCGACACCUUGCCACCGAGGCAGAAGAGCACGCGCGCUUCGCCAGCACUCUGAACAACAAGUCGCAGGCGCAGAACAUCGCCGACUACGAGACGGAGCUGAAGCAGCUCCGCAAUCAACAAAAGAAAGACAGGAGAGACGCCGACGAAGUCACGCACAUUAUGAUCUCGGAAUGCCAGCAGCUUCUCCGCCUCUUCGGCCUACCGUAUGUCACUGCCCCAAUGGAAGCCGAAGCGCAGUGCGCCGAACUCGUCCGCCUCGGGCUCGUCGAUGGUAUUGUCACCGACGACUCUGAUUGCUUCCUUUUCGGCGGCACGCGUAUCUACAAAAACAUGUUCAACCAGGCCAAGUUUGUCGAGUGCUACCUUACCUCCGACCUCGAGAAGGAAUUCGACCUCACGCGCGAGAAGCUCAUCUCUGUCGCUCACCUUCUAGGCUCAGACUACACCGAGGGCCUCCCCGGCGUCGGCCCUGUCACGGCCUUGGAAGUCAUCAGCGAGUUUCCCACCCUCCAAGAAUUCAAAGACUGGUGGAGCGGCGUGCAGAUGAACGCAAUUCCAAAGUCCGCGGACGCGAACAACGCCUUCCGCAAGAAGUUCCGCAAGAACGCCACGAAGCUGUUCCUGCCUCCUAGCUUCCCCGACACGAGAGUGGACGUGGCAUACCGCGAGCCGGAAGUCGACUCGAACCCUGAAGCCUUCCAGUGGGGCGUGCCGGACUUGGACGCACUGCGUAGCUUCCUCAUGGCGACGAUUGGGUGGAGUCAGGAGCGGACGGACGAGGUGCUCGUACCGGUCAUCAAGGACAUGAAUCGCCGUGCGGACGAAGGGACGCAGAGUAACAUCACGGCCUUCUUUGAGGGUGGAGUGGGGAUCGGAGCGGCUGGGGCGGAGAAGAGGUCGGCGGCCGGCGGUGGUGACGCGUUUGCUCCCAGAAAGAGGAUGGGCGAAGGGUCGAAGAGGAUGGGGAGUGCGUUGACAAGGAUGGCGGAAAAGGCCAGGAAGAGUCGUGGUGGGGAUGCUGGCGUGACUCGGGGUGAGGGUGUGGGUGAUGGAGGGGUCGUGGCCACGGGUGCGUCCCAAAAGAAGGGCGGUGGCAAAGGGACGGCGAAGGGACGACGUAAGAGGCAGACAAGGGCUGCGCGGAGAAGUGAGAGUGAGGUCGAGGAUGAGCCUGAGCCUGAGGUGCUCGAGGAUUCGAGCUAAGCCCUCGACGCCGUAUACCGAGAACAGCGACACGACAAUGACGUCGAGCAUACAUGAAAUCUAUAUUGUACAGAACGGCAGACGACGAUCAACACGAUGGAGCCUCCCGGUCUUCUGGAGCCCAUGCCCUCGUCUGACUCGAGUGAGGCAAGGUCGUCGAAGCACCACCUAUCCAUACAGAUGACAUCACCGACGAUCCCUGCCUUUUGCAUUCCCAUGCUAUCGGAGCGAUGAUCCCUUCCCAUUGUGUCGCUUCCCCUCGACCCAGAA